GGCGUCUCAUGCUUCCUCCCCCGAUGCUGCUGCCAUGCAAGAUUGGAUCCUGGUGCUGACCGUACUGGGCGUAGGCACCGGCCUUGCUUUCAUCGCCCUCGCCCUCUGGAAGCUCCUGGGACCCAGGCUGCACGCCUGCGUCAAGGGGGACCGCGAAGAGACUGCGCAGCUCACCAAGAACGGACACUUCGGCGCCAACGGUUACAUCGUAAGUGCAGUAGUUAGUUCCGAGUCGGAUAUCGGGCUAGACAUGAGUGGCAAUUACAAGCACUACGACAACGUGGGUAACGACUUGAAGCUGGUCUGUGCGGCUACGGAGUCCUCCAAAGAGACAUCCAAUCACGUGAUCUCGUCGCCUUCCCCCACCUCCAAGCCGAACGGCACAGCAGUCGCGCACAAAGAUGGGAGUGAAGAGCGAGAGCCAGAAGAAAUUUUAUUUUUUGAAAAAGCUUGUGCUCCCACGCUGAAAAAAGCUAUCUCCUGUGAUAGUAUCACUUCCAACUCAUCAGUAGCAGCAGAUGCUCUAGAAUCCCCCCAUCACUGUGGAGAAAUAGAAAUAGGAUUAGAAUACGAUAGUGAGACGGAAGACUUAAUAGUGAUUAUAAACCGAGCCAGAGACCUUGUGGGACCCAUACCAAACUCCGUAGUUGAUAGCUACAUCAAAGUAUUCCUUCUCCCGGAUAGAACUACCAAUAUGCAAACGAGGGUUCAGCGGAAGAGCAACAACCCUGUGUUCAAGGAGCGCUUCCUCUUCGGGGUGGACCAGUCCGACAUCGCGGAACGAUCUCUUCUGUGCACGGUCUUCACGUGCGACAAGUACACCAACUCCAUGAUGGGAGAAGCGGAGCUGAAGUUCUCGGAGCUGGAUUUGACGCAGCCUUACAUGGGAUGGUUUCCGAUCGUGGACUCCAAUCAGGGUCCAGCGGAGUUGGGAGACAUAAUGUUCUCGUUGAGUUACCUACCAACAGCGGAACGUUUGACUGUGGUUAUCGUGAAAGGAAGGAAUCUUCGAUGGAAGAAAUCUUCAAGCACGACAGAGUUCAAUCCGUUUGUCAAAGUUUAUCUUCUGCAAAAUGGUAAAAAGUUCGCCAAGAAGAAGACAUCCGUUAAGAAAAACGAAAGAGAUCCCAACUUCAAUGAAGCGAUGAUAUUUUCUGUACCAUCAAAUGCCUUACAGAAUAUGCAGUUAAGAGUGACUGUUGCCGAUUUCCAGGGGUCUGGAAAAGCUCUCUCUGUCGGCCACGUGUUCGUCGGUCCUUACUGCAAAGGGAAAUCUUUGUCUCAUUGGAAUCAGAUGAUGUCUUCCUUGCGCAAACCUGUUGCUAUGUGGCACCCGCUGAGGAAGAUCUCCGACUUCUAAGCAACUUUGUCAGCAAAUUUCCGCAUUUUUUUACGAUUGUUUCCUUUCUUGAAGAGAAUUGUAUAGAUUUGUCAAGCAGAUGUGAGCAU